AUGGGUCUCGGCGUCCUGGAAGGCAAGCACGCUUUUCUCUCCUACGACAGGAAGCUGGACCACGUCCCCGGCACGGUCCUACUAAACGACGAAGCCGCGCACUCGGAAGAGAUCACCUCAGGGCUCAAGCACGGAAAGGGUUCGGAUGCUCAUAUCGUGCUGUCGCCUCAACCCAGCGAAGACCCCAACGAUCCCUUGAACUGGCCACUAUGGAAGAAGGAAGUCAUCAUCGCCAUCCUCUGCUUCGGCUCGAUGCUUAACGCCGGCACCAAUGGCCCUUUCCUCAACGCGUCGUAUUUCGAAAUGUCUCAGGAGCUGAACACGGAUAUAACGACUGUUGUCUUGGUUUCUGGUUACAAUCUUUUGGCUGCAGGAUGUAUUGGACCAUUCGUCUCGGCUUUCAGUCGCAAAUAUGGUAAAAGGCCAGUCUUUCUCGUGUCGACGCUCUUCGAUAUUGUCGGAACGGCCAUCGGCGAGGCCAAAAUCUCGUACAAAUAUCUGCUGGCCGCCCGCAUCGUCCAAGGGUUUUCGACGUCCGCCUUCGAGUCCCUGAUCGUGUCCGCCGUGGGUGACAUGUACUUUGUGCACCAGCGAGGUCUGCGCAUUUCCAUCAUCAACUUCAUCCUCAACUCGGCCUCGAGUCUGGCGUCGGUCAUUUGCGGCCAGGUGUUCCAGAAGCUCGGCUGGCUGUGGCUGUUCCACAUGUUCCAGAUCUUUUUGGUCGUGCAGUUCGUGCUCAUGUUCCUCUUCUGCCCCGAGACGACGUACAUCCGCGACACGCGCUACAACACCGACACCGCCGUCGACGAGAAGCUCCAGGACCUGGCCGUGAUCGAGGCCACGCACAAGGAAAUGGUGGGCGAGCCCGGCCAGGGCGAGCGCACAGAUAUCCCCAAGAAGAAGACGUUUGUGCAGGAGCUCGCCGUCUGGACGGGCGUCUACUCGCACGACAAUGUCUUGAAAUUCUUGUUUGGACCCUUUUUGACUCUCCUCAACCCGGCGGCCUGUUAUGCCGUUAUCGCGUCUGGCGUGCUCAACAGCUGGUAUGUCGGAUCCGCCAUCAUCCUGGCCGGCAUCUUCUCCGGCCCUCCGUGGAUGUUCAACGCCUCGCAGAUCGGAUACGUGGGAUUCGGUCCUUUUAUCGGCGGCUUGAUUGGAUCCAUCAUCACCGGCGUCACCAGCGACUACGUGAUCAAAUACCUCGGUCGCAAGAACAAGGGCGUCUACGAACCUGAAUUCCGUCUGUGGUUCAUGGCCCCAGCCGGCGUCGCGUGUGGCUUGGGGAUGUUCCUGUUCGGCUAUACCCUGGAGGUGGGCGCCGCGGCCGAGCUGUGCGCGUUCCUGCAGGGAGUCAUGAUGGUGGGCGUGUUGAUUGGGAUUUUCGCGACGCUGUCGUACGGUCUGGACUCGUUCCGGGAACAGAGCAACGAGAUUUUUGUCAUGAACAUGCUGUUCAAGAACUUCAUGUUCUACGGCCUCUCCAACUACGCCAACAACUGGGUCGCCGACAGCGGGCCUGAGCAGAUCAUGUACGUCUUUGGCGGCACCUCGAUCUUCCUCUCCCUCCUGGCAAUCCCCGUGUACAUCUUCGGCAAGCGCCUGCGCAGCUGGUGGGCCCGGCACGACCUGUUCAAGACGUUGAAGAUGGAGACGCACGGGCCCGUCAGCGAGAUGGGCUAG